AUGGACAUUGGACAGACACAUCUCGGCGGGUUGAUAUCUAAUUCCCAGCAAGACGAGAAAGUAAGGUAUCAUGUUGUCGGAUCAAGGGUCAAGAUGGCAUGCAAUGUCAUAAGGAGCCUAUAUGGGGGAUCCCAUCGGACAAAGCUUAUAGUGAACGGAUAUGGACAGGUAAUCCUUUCUUCCCAGCCAGGAGUCAUUUAUGAUAACAUCAAGAUAAACCAUCCUCUUGUGAAGCUACUGCAGGAUUAUGUCAAGAAAAUGGAUGUGGUUGGAGAUGGAGCAACGUUUUUUGUGACUCUUGUGUCGGAGCUGAUCCAGGAGGCGAUGGAUGUUGUUGGAAAAGGAAUGAAGGGGGCAUAUCUUGGCUACAUGCUUCGGGAAGUCCAUAAGGAGAUAGAAGAGUUAGCCUCUGAACUUCGGAUUAAGCACGAGGUUGACUUUGAGGACCGGGAGAGCAUAUCAAAGGUUCUGAAGGGGGUUUUGAAGGAUUCUGUACUGGAGAAAAUAGUUGUCGAGGGGAUAUCGCUUUGCAGAAGCUUCAGCACAGAAAACAUCCGGGUGUGCAAGGUGGUGUGUGGGUCUACAGAAGAUAGCUAUGUUGUGCAGGGAAUGGUGUUCAACAGGUCUCCGGAAGGAGAAGUAAAGCAUGUGACCAAAGGAAAAACAUCUAUCUACAACUGCCCGUUGGAUAUAUCGAGAACAGAGCUGAAGGGGACGGUUCUGAUGAGGACGGCAUCUGAGCUCUUGUCCUUUAGUAAAGAGGAAAACAAGAGGAUCAAGGAGACAGUGGAGUCUAUGAAUGGAGAUGUUGUAAUAUGCAGUGGGAAGGUUGAUAAGAUCUACCUCGACUUUCUGAACAAGAAAAAGAAGCUUGUUUUCCGAAUCACCAGCAAGUAUGAUUUGAGAAGAAUUAGAGAACUGGUAGGAGGACACAUUCUGGCGGCUUUAGAUCCGCAGACGGAAGAUUCGAUGGGGUUUGUUGAAGAGGUGGAAACCUUUAAGGAAGGCAACUCCGAGUAUACCAAAUUUAUCUCGGGAAGCAAGAAGGUGUAUACCUUGGUUCUAAAGAAUUCUGUGCAGGCAGUGCUGGAUGAGCAAGAAAGGAUGGUCCAAAAAGCAUUGAACGUCCUGAGUAAGAAUUCCAAGGAAGGAAAGAUUGACCUAGUGGAUGGGGCUGGGAGAUUUGAGAAAAAGUUAUCGAAGAUAUUUCUAGAGAGAUCCAUGGGUUGUAAAGAGGGCAAGAAUCUUGUGUACAAGUGUAUUGGAAAAGCCCUUGGGACAUUCAAGACCUCCGAUGCUGAAGUCUACGAUGCAUACAAUGCCAAGGUAAAGGCAUUAAAGUACUCAAUCGAGUUCAUCUCCACUCUAUUUGAGACUGGAGACUAUCUCAUAGGAAAGCCAGAAGCAAUCAAUAUUGCACCCAAGAGUAACCAGCAUUGGGAUGAAGACCACUAG